AUGGGUUUCACUCUGCAUUCUAUCUACUUCACCUGGAAGGUGAGUUUGCUGCUGGGCUCCUUGCUGGGUCUCUGUUUGGGUCUGGAGUUCCUGGGCAUUCCCAAUCAGUGGGCCCGCUACCUCCGCUGGGAUGCCAGCACUCGGAGCGAACUCAGCUUCCAGUUCAAGACCAAUGUCUCUGCUGGGCUGCUUCUCUAUUUUGACGAUGGCGGCGUGUGUGACUUCCUCUGUCUGUCCCUGGUCGACGGGCGCCUCCAGCUGCGGUUCAGCGUGGACUGUGCGGAGACCACAGUGACCACGGACAAGCGGGUGAACGACAGCAGCUGGCACUUCGUGAUGGUGAGCCGCAGCCAGCUGCGGACGGUGCUGGUGCUGGACGGCGAGGCCAAGCCGGGCGAGGUGCGCCCGCAGCGCCAGCACAUGAACAUCGUCAGCGACCUGUUCCUUGGCGGAGUCCCGCUGGACAUCCGGCCCGCUGCCCUGACUCUCGACGGUGUUCUGAGCGAGCCUCCCUUCCAAGGAUUUAUCCUGGAUCUGAAAUACGGCAAUUCUGAGCCGCAGCUCCUGGGCAGUCAAGGGGUCCGGCUGGAAAUGGAAGGACUUUGCUCAGAAAACCCCUGUGAAAAUGGUGGCACUUGCUUCCUUCUGGAUGGUGAGCCACACUGUGACUGCUCAGCCACUGGAUAUGUUGGCAAGCUGUGUUCUGAAGAUGUCAAUCAUAUUCCAGGCCUCUCACACCUGAUGUUGAGUGAACAAGCGCGAGAUGAGAACAUGGCCACUUUCCGUGGCUCCGAGUACCUGUGCUACGACCUGUCGCAGAACCCCAUCCAGAGCAGCAGCGAUGAGAUCACGCUCUCCUUCAAGACGUGGCAGCGCAACGGGCUCAUUCUGCACACCGGCAAGUCCGCCGACUACGUCAACCUGGCCCUGAAGGACGGUGCUGUCUCCUUGGUCAUCAACCUGGGGUCUGGGGCCUUUGAGGCCAUCGUGGAGCCCGUCAAUGGCAAGUUCAAUGACAACGCGUGGCACGACGUUAAGGUGACACGCAACCUGCGGCAGGUGACAAUCUCUGUGGAUGGCAUCCUUACCACCACGGGCUACACACAGGAGGACUACACCAUGCUGGGCUCAGAUGACUUCUUUUACGUGGGAGGGAGCCCCAGUACUGCUGACUUACCUGGGUCUCCAGUAAGCAAUAACUUCAUGGGCUGCCUCAAAGAGGUUGUUUAUAAGAAUAAUGACAUUCGUCUGGAGCUGUCUCGCUUGGCACGGAUUGGUGAUACUAAGAUGAAGAUCUAUGGGGAAGUAAAAUUCGUAUGUGAAAAUGUGGCUACACUGGAUCCCAUCAGCUUUGAGACACCUGAGGCCUAUAUUAGUCUGCCUAAAUGGAAUACCAAAAGGAUGGGCUCCAUCUCAUUUGAUUUCCGAACCACUGAACCCAAUGGACUGAUCCUUUUCACCCAUGGCAAGCCUCAGGAGAGGAAAGAUACCAGAAGCCAGAAAAAUACAAAGGUAGACUUCUUUGCAGUUGAGCUUCUAGAUGGAAACCUCUACUUGCUGCUGGACAUGGGCUCUGGGACCAUUAAAGUCAAGGCCACCCAGAAGAAAGCCAAUGAUGGAGAGUGGUAUCAUGUGGAUAUUCAACGAGAUGGAAGAUCAGGUACUAUAUCAGUGAACAGCCGGCGCACCCCGUUCACUGCCAGCGGGGAGAGCGAGAUCCUCGAUCUGGAAGGUGACAUGUACCUCGGUGGGCUGCCAGAGAACCGAGCAGGACUCAUCCUUCCCACAGAGCUCUGGACAGCAAUGCUGAACUAUGGCUACGUGGGCUGCAUCCGAGACUUGUUCAUUGACGGGCGGAGCAAGAACAUCCGGCAGCUGGCAGAGGCGCAGAAUGCCGCUGGAGUCAAGUCCUCCUGCUCCCGCCUCAGCACCAAGCAGUGUGACAGCUACCCCUGCAAGAACAAUGCAGUCUGCAAGGAUGGCUGGAACCGCUUCAUCUGCGACUGCACCGGCACUGGCUACUGGGGCAGAACGUGUGAGCGAGAGGCCUCUAUCCUGAGCUACGAUGGCAGCAUGUACAUGAAGAUCAUCAUGCCCAUGGUGAUGCACACGGAGGCAGAAGAUGUGUCCUUCCGUUUCAUGUCGCAGCGUGCCUACGGGCUGCUGAUGGCCACCACCUCCCGGGACUCUGCUGACACCCUGCGCCUGGAGCUGGACGGCGGCCGCGUCAAGCUCAUGGUCAACCUAGACUGUAUCAGGAUAAACUGUAACGCCAGCAAGGGACCUGAAACUCUUUAUGCUGGGCAGAAACUCAAUGACAACGAGUGGCACACUGUCCGGGUGGUUCGGCGAGGAAAGAGCCUCAAGCUGAUCGUGGAUGAUGAUGUUGCUGAGGGCACGAUGGUUGGCGAUCAUACCCGCUUGGAGUUCCACAACAUCGAGACAGGGAUCAUGACGGAGAAGCGGUACAUCUCCGUCAUCCCCUCCAGCUUCAUCGGCCACCUGCAGAGCCUCAUGUUCAACGGGAUGCUCUACAUCGACCUGUGCAAGAACGGGGACAUCGACUACUGCGAGCUGAAGGCGCGCUUCGGUCUCCGCAACAUUAUAGCUGACCCUGUGACAUUCAAGACUAAGAGCAGCUACUUGAGCUUGGCCACCUUGCAGGCUUAUACAUCCAUGCACCUCUUCUUUCAGUUCAAGACCACCUCAGCUGAUGGUUUCAUCCUCUUUAACAGCGGUGAUGGCAAUGACUUUAUUGCAGUUGAACUAGUCAAGGGCUAUAUACACUACGUGUUUGACCUUGGAAAUGGGCCUAAUGUUAUCAAAGGCAACAGCGAUCGUCCUCUGAAUGACAACCAAUGGCACAACGUCGUCAUCACCAGAGAUAACAGCAACACACACAGCUUGAAAGUGGACACUAAGGUGGUCACUCAGGUUAUCAACGGUGCCAAAAAUCUGGAUCUUAAAGGUGAUCUCUACAUUGCUGGCCUAGCUCAAGGCAUGUAUAGCAACCUCCCGAAGCUUGUGGCCUCACGUGAUGGAUUUCAGGGCUGUCUGGCAUCUGUGGACUUGAACGGGCGUCUGCCUGACCUUAUCAACGAUGCUCUGCACCGCAGUGGGCAGAUUGAGCGUGGAUGUGAAGGACCGAGCACUACCUGCCAGGAAGAUUCCUGUGCGAAUCAGGGCAUCUGUAAUCAGCAAUGGGAAGGCUUCACCUGUGAUUGCUCCAUGACUUCAUAUUCUGGGAGCCAGUGUAAUGAUCCUGGUGCCACGUAUAUCUUUGGGAAGAGUGGAGGUCUCAUCCUGUACACCUGGCCAGCCAAUGACAGGCCGAGCACGAGGACAGACCGUCUUGCCGUGGGCUUCAGCACGACAGUGAAGGAUGGCAUUCUCGUCCGGAUCGACAGUGCCCCUGGGCUGGGUGACUUUCUGCAGCUGCACAUAGAGCAAGGCAAGAUUGGUGUAGUCUUCAAUAUUGGCACAGUGGACAUCUCUAUUAAAGAGGAAAGCACACCUGUAAAUGAUGGCAAAUACCAUGUAGUACGCUUUACCAGGAAUGGUGGCAAUGCAACACUUCAGGUGGACAGCUGGCCAGUGAAUGAACACUACCCCACAGGCAACACUGAUAGUGAACGGUUCCAAAUGGUAAAACAGAAAAUCCCCUUCAAAUAUAACCGGCCUGUAGAGGAGUGGCUGCAGGAAAAAGGACGACAGUUAACGAUCUUCAACACCCAGGCGCAAAUAGCCAUAGGAGGGAAGGACAGAGGGCGUCUCUUCCAAGGCCAGCUCUCCGGUCUCUAUUACAAUGGCCUGAAAGUGCUGAACAUGGCGGCAGAGAACAACCCCAACAUUAAAAUCAAUGGAAGUGUCCGACUCGUUGGGGAAGUCCCUUCCAUCUUGGGAACGACACCCACAACCUCGGUGCCCCCGGAAAUGUCGACUACGGUCAUGGAAACCACCACCACGAUGGCGACCACUACCACCCGAAAAAACCGUUCACCGCCCAGCAUCCAGCCAACAACAGAUGACAUUGUUUCUUCAGCUGAAUGUUCCAGUGAUGAUGAAGAUUUCAUUGACUGUGAACCCAGUACAGAUAAGAGUCUUUCCACUUCCAUCUUCGAAGGUGGCUACAAAGCACACGCACCCAAGUGGGAAUCCAAGGACUUUAGACCUAACAAAGUCUCCGAAACUGGUAGGACUACUACCACGUCUUUGUCCCCUGAGCUGAUCCGCUCCACAGCUUCGUCCUCGACUGUGAUGGUUCCCAAAUUGCCAGCCGGCAAAAUGAAUAACCGUGAGCUCAAACCCCAGCCUGACAUAGUCUUGCUUCCGUUGCCCACUGCCUAUGAGCUAGACAGCACAAAGCUGAAGAGCCCGCUAAUCACUUCCCCCAUGUUCCGUAAUGUGCCCACAGCAAACCCCACGGAGCCGGGAAUCAGACGGGUUCCGGGGGCCUCAGAGGUGGUCCGUGAGUCGAGCAGCACAACGGGGAUGGUCGUCGGCAUUGUGGCUGCUGCCGCCCUCUGCAUCCUCACCCUGUACGCCAUGUACAAGUACAGGAACAGGGACGAGGGGUCCUAUCAGGUGGACGAGACGCGGAACUACAUCAGCAACUCAGCCCAGAGCAACGGCACGCUCGUGAAGGAGAAGCAGCAGAGCUCAAAGAGCGGCCACAAGAAGCAGAAAAACAAGGACAAAGAGUAUUAUGUGUAAAAAAGAAUAAUUAUUUAUAUAUAAAUAUAUAAAUACUUAAUGAGAUUUAACUGAGAUAUCAGAACCAUUGCAGCGAACGAGAUGAUCGGGAGAUAUCGUUUGUGGGAAAAAGUAUUGGGAAAAAAUUUCAGCAGUGACUGUUAAUGUCUAAGUCAUCACUUGGAGUCAGCAAACUUUGCCCUAAUGUAUUAUAAAGCACACUAAGCGUUCUGGAGAUGGCGCGCACAGCUCUGCUCUGUUAGUGAACUUGGACAUCUCCAAAUCUCCUCCUCCGCUGAACUUUCUGCAAAGGUAGAAGACUUCAUGGCUUACUUGUUUCAUAUCUCCAAGUGAGUCUUUAACAAUGUUCGUGAUCCUUGACUGUAUCAAUAAUUUUUCAGUUUACUUAUUUAAAAAAAAAAAAACACCAAAAAAAAACCAAAAAAAAACAAAAAAAAAAAAAGAAGGAAAAAAAAAAUACAAACAUUAUUAAACAACAAAGACAUACUGAGCAAACUGAUCUGGCCGUGUCCAGCAUACAAAUAAUUUUUCGAGAUUGGAGGAGGGGAAUAAAAGAUUUUGGAGAUUGUUGGUUUUUUGGUUUGGUUUUGUUUUGUUUCUUGACUUGUUUUUCGUUUGGUUUCUUUGGUUACUUUUGGGUGAGGGAGGGAAGAGUGGAAUGGAAUGGUGUGGGGGGUGACCCAGGACAUGACUCGAGAAGAAAUCUCGGAAAAAAACUUCAUAGUAAAUAAAGAGAGACUAUUACCAUAUAUGAACUCAAAAGCUACCCAUGGUGUUUACUCUGCAUAUCUGGUUGUAUUGUCUCUAGGAUCCGUCAUCUUGUAGUUAAGUUGUUUGCUAACAAUGCAGUGAAAGUGUCUGAUGAGUGGUGCUGAGGAAAAUUGUCAUGGAAAGCUGGUUCUCUUGGAUCUGGCUCCAGUGUUUGCACUGAAGAACUGAAGAGCAGAUGGGUUUGGGUCUGUUCUGAUCAGUCAUUGGCUUUAUUUGAGUAUAGCACUCAGCGUGCAUUAGACAACCAAAGUAUGGUUAACGAGAUUCAGAGGUUCAAAAAAGAAUGCUUAAAAGUUAUUAACCAUUCUGAGCUGAAUAUACUGUGCAAAAAUAAAGGAGCCUUCCUCUGGGUUCUGGUUCUGUGACAUUGCAAUGCAUGCAAAAAAUAAUAAUAAAUCAGUUUAAUAUAGAGAUCAGAAAGACACCACUAGAGUUCAACUUGUGACAAGACCAAUAAAUGUCAGAAAAGCUAAACACUUGUAAAAGGAUGCAAAUUAAGUCAUUUUUUUUUGGCAUAUAACUGGUUUACAUAUGUAAUAUUUUAAUUUUGUAGCUUGACAUUUCAGAUCAUCUCUGUCUUUCCAUUUGUCCUAUUCUCCCUUUUCCUUCUCUUUUAUAUAAAAGAAAAUAAAUAAAGCUGCUGUGACACACAAAAAAUAAUAAAGAAGAAUUAAUUUAAUAAUAUAAUAUAUAUAUAUACACACAGAUAUAUUUAUCAUGGUAUGUUUGAUGGGACGGCUGGAACAGAAGUUCUGUUAUGGUCUUAAUGCAGAAUGAGAAUGUUCUUGAAGAACAGAGUAAAAAGAAACAGACAACAAAAGCAAACCUUAAAAUGUGAAGGGAGCGUGUGUUUUAGCUAUGUCACAGUUACCUGUGUCAAAAAAAAAAAAAAAUCCGAAAUUUUGUUUACAUAUUUUACUACUAUUUUUUUGCUAGUAUAAUUUCUAUAUGGAUACCCUGAUGGUGUACAUACUGUUUUAUGGUUAAAUUGGGAAUGUCUUAUGUUUUAUUUAACUUAUUUAAUUUGGUUGUUUGGUUUCUACAUUUUCCCAGUUCUUGUGAAAAGGAUUAUCUUACUGUACAGAACAAUAGUGAGGUGGUUUGACGGCCAUGCCUAUCAUGUGCAAAAAAGCAGAUGGAGAGAGAGACAGAGAGGGAAACAACAAAAACCAAGACGGGUUGAGAACCCUGGGAUAUCAGAAAUGAAAACCUUUGCUGUAUGCGGAUGAAAAUUAAUCAGCUGUUUAGGUUUAGAAAUCUACUCUUGCUGGUGUUUAUAAGUCGCAUGAAUAUUUGACUUUGAAGAAGUUUCAUCAGAUACACACACGCACAUGGGAACUUAACAAAAAAACCAGUCUUCUCAAACACUUAGAGAAGGCGCUUUCAUGUUAACAAAUAUUUUCAGUGCGUGUAUGUGUGCGUGUGUGUGGUGCGUGUGCGCGUGCGUGAGGUUGAGCUUUUUUCUUUUUUAUUUUUUAUACUAAAAAGAAAAAAAAAAAGACAGGUUUUAAAAAGGUAUGAAAGCACGAUUUUAGAUGACUUAACUGGCCGAAACUAUAUAAAAGUUGAUUAUAUCUUGAUGUCUGUAAAAGAUUGCUGUUCUUGGAGUCUUGGAGUCUUGUGAAAUUAUUUCCUGCUUUCUUUCUUCCUUUCCUUUUUGCUUUCCUUUUUUAAGUUAAAGGAAAUAUAUUUACACUUUCCUUUUCUGUGUAAGUUUCUAUUGGACAGUUUUUGGGAACAUGUGCAUUUCUGUAUGUGGGCUACUACCAUAUCCCUGUUGCUUUAUGGACAACCUGGAGAAUUUUAAUUUGAGUUAUUGUGAUGUUAUUGCUUUUUUUUCCUUUCUUUUUCUUCUUCUUUUUGAUUCUUUUUCUUUUCUUAGUUGCAUUUUGUUUAAAGAUAUGCUUAGCAAUAAAAUGUU